CUCGCGAGACUUGCUAUCCCUGGUGUGUUUCCGCCUUAUCUCCGCUCCCGUUUCCGGUGUGUUUAGGAAUAAUGGAGACUCUGGCAGUUUAAGACGAAGGGAGACAGAGGCGAACCCGAAAAAAAUACAAACAAGUUCUCACGUUUUAAUACAAAUAACGGCGACAGAUUGAAACAGAGGCAGGACUCCCCCUACGACGAUGGAGAACUCGGACAGCGCAGAUCAAGGAGGCAGCGAGCAGUCUGAAGCACAGCGCCAGAGACAGCUGGAUCGGCUGGAUCGAGAGGAGGCUUUCUACCACUUCGUGAACAACCUGAGCGAGGAAGACUACCGGCUCAUGAGAGACAACAACUUGCUCGGCACUCCUGGUGAAAUUACUGAAGAAGAGUUACUGGGUCGCCUGCAGCAAAUUAAGGAUAGACCAGAGCAACAGAACAGCGGUGAAAGCAGAAAUGAAGAAAAUAGGGAAGAUGGUCCUGAAGCCCCAGAAGAUGGUUCAAACGGGGACUCCAUUCUAGACUGGUUGAACUCUGUGAGACAAACUGGAAACACAACGAGAAGUGGCCACAGAGGGAACCAGUCGUGGAGGGCAGUGAGCCAAACUAACCCAAACAGUGGAGACUUUAGAUUCAGCUUGGAAAUCAACAUCAACCGGAACUUAGCAGAGCAACAGGCCAGAGCCGAGGGGGAACAGCUGGCGAGGGAGGAUGGUGAACAGCCUGAGACGAUGGAGGGGGAGCUGCCCAUGGACACCACUCCUGAGCCAGAGGCGCCUGCUACCGUCAGGGAGCCAGAGCCUGAAUUAGUGCCGGAGCCUGAACCAGAGCCUGAAUUGGUGCUGGAGCCUGAAUUGGUGCCGGAGCCUGAAUUGGUGCCGGAGCCUGAAUUGGUGCCGGAGCCUGUAUUGGUGCCGGAGCCUGUAUUGGUGCCGGAGCCUGUAUUGGUGCCGGAGCCUGUAUUGGUGCCGGAGCCUGUAUUGGUGCCGGAGCCUGAAAUGGUGCCGGAGCCUCCCAGGCCCGAGACUCCUCCAGCAGUUUUACCUCCACAGCCCCAGAGUCCCGAAGUUGAGGAGCCCACUCGGAGGGGACAGCGAAGGGCCAGGAGUCGAAGCCCGGAAUUGAGGAGAACUAGAGCUCGAAAUGAGAGGAGCCGCUCGCCAUUGAACCUCGGAGGGGAGGUUCUGCGCCGGGCUCGCCGCAGCACGCCAUUGCAAACGCCACCUUCUCCAGUUGAACCUCAGAUUGAAGGAAGCUCCAGAACCAGACAGCAUGUGUUAUCAAGGCAGAGCACAGUGGAAUAUGAUGUUCAGAUGGAGAAUGCAGCUGCAGGAGCAGACACAGACUCUGCUCCUGUUCCUGUUCCUGCUUCUGCUCCAGCAGAAUCUGUAGAAGCCUCUCGAGAACCGGAGAACCCCUCGGAGACUGCUUCUAGCAGCGAGGCCAGUGCGGCCGGGAGGAGACCUCCCACCAUCAUGCUGGACCUUCAGGUGCGGAGAGUCCGUCCUGGAGAGUACCGGCAGAGGGACAGUAUAGCCAGUCGCACCAGGUCCCGCUCGCAGACCCCCAACAACACCUACACGUACGAGAGCGAGCGAGGGGGAUUCCGGCGCACUUUCUCCCAUUCCGAGAGGGCAGGCGUGCGGACUUAUGUCAGUACCAUCCGGAUUCCGAUCCGCAGAAUAUCGGAUGCAGGGCUUAGUGAGGCAACAUCCAUGGCCCUGCAGACUAUGAUCAGGCAGAUAAUGACUGGCUUUGGGGAGCUGAGCUAUUUCAUGGAUAGCGACAGCGACUCGGACUCCAACAGAGGUCAAAACCCUGUGUCGGAGCCCCCGGAGUCACAAACCCCCAGCAACAGCAGCAACAGCUCAGUCCCAGAGACCCCAGAGCCACAAACCACGGAAGAACACAGGGACACCGCCACUGAAAUCAGCUCACCUACCGUGGCCGGAAGGGAGAGCCGUGGAGCCCGGGGUCCCAUCAGUUUAGAGGAACCCGGGUCAUUGCCAUUCCUCCGAUUGGCACACUUUUUCCUUUUGAAUGACGACGACGAUGACCAACCCAGGGGUCUCACCAAAGAACAAAUUGACAACCUCUCCACCAGGAAUUAUGGGGAGAAUGAUGCGUUAAAGACUUGCAGCGUGUGCAUAAUGGAAUACAUAGAAGGAAACAAGCUGCGCAAGCUUCCCUGCUCCCAUGAGUAUCAUGUCCACUGCAUUGACCGCUGGCUGUCAGAAAACUCAACGUGUCCCAUCUGCCGCAGGGCAGUCUUGGUCGCAAGCAACCGAGAGAGUGUGGUCUAAUAAAGGGCAACAUAUUAGAUUAUUUUUCUUAUUUUCUGUUUGUGCAAUAGUUAGCUGUAGUGAAAAAUAAAAAACAAAAGAAGAAAAACCUGUAAAUUUGUUUUUAAACGGUAGUGGCGGGAGUUCCCAUCUGCAUAAACAAAUGUAUUCCCUUUAAUUGUUAAUAGAAAAAAUCUAAACAUGUAAAGCUUUUUUCUAGAGGUUUCAAUGCACUGUUAUUAUUAUUAUUAUUAUUAUUAUUAUUAUUAUUAUUAUACUAUGGAUUGAAACAUUUACCGUGCUUGGAAAUAUGUGAGAGUGGGGGAGGUGGGGCGUUGGCGAAGGUAACUUAUCUGCCCUAGCCCUUUCACUUUCACCCUAAUUAAUAGAUUGCAGUGGCCUAACUUAUUUGCCUUCACACAUAUAAAGAUAUAACCUAGCUUUUUUUUUUUUUUUUUUAAACUUGCAUUCCUGGUAUUGGGAGCACAAGAAGAUUAUUUUCUUGAGACUUUGUCAGGAGUAACCAGUUUCUUCGUAUAAUGGAAUAUGUGGUUUAUUCCAUGUUCUAUGAAUAUAGGAUCAGCUGUUCUGGGGAUUUUAUUGCACACUGUGAACAGGUGUGCUGUAGCCAUUCUAACAGGUUGUUUCAUCUGGCAAGCGAAUGCCUCAAACUACCCUUAAUAUGCUUCAUAUCAUUUAGUUAAAGUAAAUUGGUCAGAAUGCACCUAUAAGGCUUGAAACUCAUGGUAGCCCUGCGUCCAGUACUUGGUUUCAGAACUACCUUUAAUAAACAUUAUGUAAAUGAUAAGGAGUUUGAAUUUAAUAAAUUGUUCCUCCCUUAUAGCUGCAUGAACAAGCCUUAUUAGUAAACCUGUGGUUUACCAUGCAGUGACGGAUGUGAUCAAUUCAGAGCAGAUUUACUGAGGGCCUGAUUGUGCAAACUCCUGGAACCUGCUCAUUUCAUAAUAUACCCAAAGAAGGCACGUUUUAAAACCUAGGACUGGGUGCAGUGCUAGUGUGAGGUUCAAGCCCUUCACCUAGAUGCUCUGAUUUUUAAAGAGCUGUGUAAUACUUUUUCCCCCAUUCUCACCGUAUUUUUAAACUUUUUUCAGCAUUUGUGCUGAGAAGUGAAUGCAUUUCACUGAGUUGUAAAAUGCAUUUGUAUAUGUUGCAAAUAACCAGACUGUUUUACCCUUUGGAAAUGUGGUUUCUUUGCAUGGUAAAUAGUAUGUUAUUCAGAUAAUUUGUCCUGUUUUAUGUAUUAAAAAGUAAAACAAAAAAUCGUAUUUAACAUGUUUUGUACAAGUAGUAGUGACAGAUUUGGGGAAUCUUAAUAUGAAGUAGUUUGUAUUAAAAUCCAGAAGUCUAAUAUGUAGUAACAAUUGGUAAGUGUUUGAUUGAACUACAUUUAAAUCAGAAAUAUAUUUGGCUAUCCCCAUUCAUAUUUAGUUACAUUCAAAUUACCUUUGCCUUGCCCCAUUAGUAAUUUUAAGGACAUUUAGGUUAUUGCUAAUUUUUCUUUUUUCUUUUUCUUUUUUGCAUUCGUCACAAUACUAUGUCAUAUUUGGGGCUCUGUUUGCAGGUACAAUUAAAAAAAAAAUUGUAUCAACUUAGCUGCCCUAAGUCCGAAAACAAAUUCAAUAAUUAGGCACUGUUGAAACGGCUUGGGAGUGAAUUCCUCAUAUCUGUAUAAUCAUCACAAGUCAAAACUUUUCGGCUAUCAUUCUUUUAUCUUACUCAUUUCUAACUUCUAUUACUACAGUGUUUCAUUCCACUACCAGAGUGUCAGUUAUAUUUUCAAUCAAUCUUCUGAUUUAAUGACCUAGUACAAUCAGGAUUGAGUGCAAAGAUUGAUUGCAUUUGGCAAAAUUUAGGAGUACAUACUCUAGAUAGCAAUUAUUUUACCUUUUCUGUUUAUUACACAUACAUUGUUUAACCAUUCAGUAAGAGUUCCAGUUUUGACAGCACUUUUUUUGAAAACCGUCUUUACCCCAUAAUUCGCUAUCCUGUUUUAAUGUGAUUUGAGUGGUACUGCUAUAUGUAACAUCUUUAAGAACGUUUUGCCUUAAGUGAAUCAUCAUCCAAAUUUCUUUAUAUUUUUUCCAUCUAAUAUUCGUGCUUGGGGGUCUAAAAAUUAUACACAAUUGUCUUGUGCUCCAACAAUAACUGUUGGUUGCUGGAGAUAGUAAUAGAAUGCUGUUUUCACAGUCUGGUGGUAUAACCAAAAUAUGGGUUGUUCAGGUUUUACUUGGUAAGACACUUGAUUUUAUAUAUCGAACCUGAAUAAAAGAAUACAUAUUUCUAUUGCAUUUUGAAGGGUACAAGAGGGCACCAGGGGUACCUUAACUUGCCUUUAACCUCCAGAUAAUCGCAUGCGACAUGUAUGUCUUCUGAACUUGUCGUCACAACUGCAAUGGCAAAAUAACCUUACGUUUAAAUAUCCACCAAAUGCAGUUUUAUUUUAAACUGAAAAAUAUAACCAAGCGCACAAAAGGAAUUAGUUUACUAUGAAGACACAAUAUUCUUUAAAGGAGUUAAAGCAAAUAAUUUAUUAAAUGCUGUGUUAUUUGCUAUGUGGAUUUCAAAUUCUUGGUUAUAAAAGAAUCACACGUCUACCAGUAAUGUUUUAUAGUAACUAUAAAUUCUUUAAAAAUAAAUGAUUUUACAACCAAGAAUUUGAAAGGAGCAUAUCACUGAAUUUAAGCUUAAAAACAAUAGCCUUUUAGUCCUUUUUAACUUUCAAGUUUGUGAAAAGAUAUACUUUGAAAGUGAAAGUUAAUUCAAAUAGUUCCAGUUGAACUGCUUAUUUUAUUAAACUUGGUAGUUUGAUCAUGAAUUGAUCAUUCAUGUUUAUAGCUGUGCAUCAUUAUUGGUGCAUGUAGAAAUUUUACACUAAGUAGGACUUGCGUUUUGUUGGUUAAAUCUGCUUUGAAAAGCUAGCAUAAUAGAGCCGACUGACGCAAAUGUAGAAUGAAACAGUGUUAAUGUUUUUAAAAACCCCUUAGAAUAUUGUCUCCCAUUAGGAGACUUAUUGGUAGCUUUUCCCUUUUUUUAAGGGAAAUUGGCACUUUAUUUGGAACAUUCUCUCCUAAGGCAAAGUGUGUGUUUUAAAGAUAUGCUGCAAAAAGCAAUAUGAAAAGUUCAGAUCUUGGUCUUAUUUUAGCAGUUACACCCAAUAUACCAAGCAGUGGUUUAAAAUCUGUAUUUUAUGUUUGGAAUAUUACUGAUCUCCAGUAAUGCAGAUUGACCAGCUGGUGGUGCUGCUGCUGUCAGAUAAAGAUGCUUCCAUACAGUAACACCAUCCAUGGUAUUGUAACAUUGGAGGUCAUGCCAGUUUACAUAAUAUAAUAUUACAAUUGUGCAAUACAAUGCUUGUGAGGUGUCAUGUGAUGUAUUUGAUCACUUGCUUGUAACUGCUAUUAAAGAUGAUAUCUGAAAUGUAUGGAUUUCAUUAGUUCAAGUGAAAUCCAACCCACUUUCAUUGUUGAUAACACCUAGAAUGUAAGAGGCUUUAAAAAGUCUUUUGAGGAUGAGGUUGUUUCUUUCAUUGAAUAAAUCUCUCCAGAAUGAAUGUGCUGCUGCUUCUCUGCUCUGUACAGGAUUUGAUUAAAAUGUGCAUUUUUUUUUAAUUUUUUUUUUUU